AUGAGCAUGGCCAUGCGCAACUCACCGCUAGGCGGCCUCUCGUCGCGCCUCCUUAAAACACUGCACUUCUCCAACCAAUGCGUCCGAUCACUCCAUCAGAAAACUCCCCGACCCAUCCCAGCCCCGACUCCGUUCGUCCCUGAUGUUGAGACCUUUCUCAAGUUGAUUGGACGGGAGAUGUCCAAGCAAGCCAGCAAGAUUCCCAGCUGGGAGGACCUCUUCAACCUCAGCUCCAAUCAGCUCCGCCAAGCCGGUCUGGAACCUGCCCGUCAGCGACGAUACCUGAUCCGGAAGCGCGAGAAGUUCCGCAAUGGCGUGUACGGACCAGGAGGUGACCUGCACACCGUCGUGGACGGUGUCGCGCAAUUGCGAGUGGUCGAAGUGCCCGUGAGCGCUCGGGGCCUGACAUACGACGGCACACACGGGAUGGUGCGUACUUCCUCUGCAACACUGGCUCCCGGUAUGGCGAAAGUACUCGUGAACAUGGCCCCCGACGCCACCACAUAUCAGUACAACAAGACGGAUCUGAUCGCAAAAUUUGCUGGCAUGAAGAUUCACCAGGGAUCGCUUCCCAUGGGCCCAUACUUGCAGCCCUUGAAGGGGUCCAAGGGAACUGCCGCUCUCAUCUCUGCGGAGGAGGGCAUGUGGGAGGACAAGCGGGGACACAAGGUCGACGGUGGUGAGCGACGACGCAGAGAGGUGCAAAACAAGAAGAGACUGGAUGCGCGGAACAAGGCAUAA